AUCAGCAUUGCCGCAAAAAAGCCAAAUGGACAGUUUCAUGAUUCUACUCUAUCUCUUCUGAGUCAUUAUGACUUUCAUGUCAAUCUUCAUUUCAAUCUAGCUUACCAGCUGUGCCUGGACUCUACACUAAAGUCCAUUUGGUUUGGUCCUUGCUUCUCUCAUCCUCAACUAAACUAAACUUCUCAUUGUUAAGUUGCUAAAUAAAUUCUGAAUAUCUAGCUAGCUCUUGGGUAUUUGAUAUCUUCCUCAAAUGAUAUUAGCUCAAGCUUUUCAAUUAGUCUUCUUUUUUGGUUUCCAAGGAUUAGUUUCAAUUAUAAUUUGGCAUGUUCAGCACUAGGUGUUUGUGGAAAUUCUUUUUUCUUAUGCUGUUCAUGUUUUUGUGGUGAACCCUGGUAUAAACCAUGACUUUUCUUGUUCAACUUUAGUCAUUUUUGGAUAAUAGUUGGAGAUUUUCUGUUUACAUAAUUCAAUCAUUGGUGUUUUUUUAUUUUUUAUUGGGGAGUGAAACAUGUGGGGAAUGGUUUCUAUGAGCUGGAUUUAGAAUGCUUACCAAUUAGAAAACAAACAGGGUAAUCUACCUGUCGGUCUCAUAUCUUAGAAAUACAUCUAUUUUGACAUUGAUUUGAGGCUAUCUGAUGCUGGUACGGUUAGCUUUAUAUUAUUGACAAAAUUCCAGAUCCAUUUGUGCUGUUUUGGUAGGAAACUUUACCAGACAAACCACAAAGUUUUGAAGGUGAACACUGUUCUUGUUACGAGUAAAGAGAAACUAGAGGAAGCUACUCAUUGCUAUAUGGGGGUUAAGGCUUUAGCAAUGGCAUGAAGAAUCUUAUAUAUGGGUAUCAACAACAAGACCAUUGUUUGGUUUAGGAGAGAUCUUAGAAUUGAGGACAAUCCGGCAUUCGCUGCUGCUGCAAGGGAUGGUUUGGUCUUCCCUAUCUAUAUAUGGUGCCCCAAAGAGGAAGGACAAUUUUAUCCUGGUAGAGUGUCAAGGUGGUGGCUGAAGCAGUCUCUUGCUCACUUGGAUCAUUCACUGAAAUCACUUGGAGCCGGACUUGCGCUGAUCAAAACUGACAGUACUCUUGCAGCACUUUUGGAAUGUAUAAAUGCUGUUCAAGCAACAAAAGUAGUGUUUAACCAUCUCUAUGACCCAGUUUCGCUUGUUCGCGAUCACAACAUCAAAGAAAAACUUCUGGAACUUGGUAUUUCUGUGCAGAGCUACAAUGGAGACUUGCUGUAUGAGCCAUGGGACAUAUAUGACGAGAGCGGUCAUGCAUUUACAAACUUCGAUUCUUUUUGGAACAAAUGCUUGGAUAUGCAAAUAAAAACAUUUUCACUUAUUCCUCCUUGUCAACUAGUUUUGGCUGAAGGAAAAGUUGAAAAAUAUUCAAUUGAGGAACUAUGUCUUGAAGAUGAAUCAGAAAAAUCAAGCAAUGCAUUACUAGGAAGAGCAUGGUUUCCAGGAUGGAUCAACAGCGAGAAGGCUUUAACAGACUUUGUUGAAAACCACCUAAUUCAUUACUCCAAGAACAGACUCAAGCUUGGUGGUGACUCCACCUCACUCUUGUCCCCAUAUAUUCACUUUGGAGAAUUGAGUGUGAGGAAAGUUUUUCAGUCGGCGCGCACCAAGCAGAUAUUAUGGACAAAUGAAGGAAACGGUGCUGGUAAAGAGAGUGCAACUCUUUUUCUCAGGGCCAUUGGACUUAGAGACUAUGCACGCUAUCUGUGUUUCAAUUUCCCAUUCACAUUAGAAAGGCCACUACUAGGGAACUUGACAUUUUUCCCUUGGAAUGCUGAUCCUGAAAACUUCAAGGCAUGGAGGCAAGGCAGGACUGGCUUUCCUUUAGUUGAUGCAGGAAUGAGAGAACUUUGGGCAACUGGAUGGAUACACAACAAAAUGCGGGUCAUAGUUUCCAGUUUUGCUGUGAAAAUGUUGCUCAUGCCAUGGAAAUGGGGAAUGAAGUAUUUCUGGGACACACUUUUGGAUGCUGACCUUGAAUGUGAUAUCUUGGGCUGGCAGUAUAUCUCAGGGUGCUUACCGGAUGGUCACAAGCUUGAGCGCCUGGACGAUCCUGAGAUUCAAGGGGCUAAAUUUGAUCCAGAAGGUGAAUAUAUCCGUCAAUGGCUGCCAGAGUUGUCAAGAAUGCCAACUGAAUGGAUCCAUCAUCCUUGGGAGGCACCACUUAGUGUGCUUAGAGCAUCAGGUGUAGAGUUAGGUCAAAACUAUCCAAAACCAAUCACUGACAUAGAUUCGGCUAGAGAUAAACUGACUGGAGCUAUAUUCAAGAUGUGGGAAAAUGAAGCAGCUUCAAAAGCUUCAAGUUCAGAAGAUAGACAUGAAGGUGUAGAUGACAGUGAGAAUAAUUUGCCCAUUCCAAAGGUUUUCUUGAAGGACAAAGCUCCACCACGCGCUACUACUUCAUCCAAUGACCAGAAAGUGCCAGCACUUCAGAAUCCCCAGAAUGAUGAUCCUCCUAAUAGGAAAAGACUGAAAUUCAUGGAAGAGGUGGAGCAGAAACAAGAUGAUUUGCGAAACCUUAGCAAGGAUACCGGGGUAUCAAGCAUUGAUCAAGAAGCGUGCUCCACAGCUGAGUCUUCAUGCACGAAGCAGAGUUCUAGCACCGUCUCGUUUUCUGUCCCACAACAGUGUUCCUCAUCUUCUAACAAAUAGUGGUCAUGUCAAGGACAGAUUGACAUGGAAAGAAGUUUCAACUAAAGAUGGUGAGUAUAACAACAUUCCCAAAGGGGAAAAAGAACUUAAACAAAGAGCGUCUUUAGGACAAGCAAUUCUUGCAUGAAUAUACUGCUUAUAGGCACAACCAGUUAGAAGCUUAAGAUACAUUAAAAUAAUGACAACAAAGCCUUUGUUUUUUAUUAUGCUUGUAGACAGUAUGCUCAUGCAUGUAGGCACUUGAUUCAUAAGAACAGCAGGUUCUAAAUCAUCCGAGUCAUAUCCUACUAAUAGGGAAAGAAAAAAAAUUCUACUGGAAGAUGCAUAGUGAGGUUUCUUUUGA